GCCUCCCAACAAAGCACUACGCACCUGCCUCUCCUUACCUCUCGCUCUUUUACAAUGCUUGCUAUCGGUGUUCUCUCGCUGGCCUUGGCCUCUGCGGCGUAUGCAGCGCCAACGGUUGUUAAGCACAGCACCGCGUCUUGGUGCACCGGCCUCGGCGGAGGCGCAUUCGAUACUGCGUACAACUUCACGCUCGCCGCCUACAACACGACGUCGAGCAACACGAACUCGACGGGUGUGCCGCUCGUGUUGGGCCAAGCUGGGACAUCGGAGCAGAUGGCAUCCAUGGUCUUGUCGACCUAUGCUUCGUACCCCUACAACGACUUCCCCAACUUCUCGCUGCUUCAGGGUGCUCUGACUCCCAAUGCCGAGGCCACCAACGGAAGUGUUUCCGCGGCUGACACGAGCGUCGACGCCGGCAACGAACCGACGUUCAUGGUCAGCAGCGGUACCGUGCCCUCUGCUGCUCAGGUGUACUGCGCAGUGGCGGAUACGGACCCGGAACAGAGCGGUCAGCUCCCGAUCCUCGCCGUGAACCGUGAAACCGACCAGUUCUCGCUCUGCACGUCCGGCACCCAGACCAACGUUGUCUACCGUGCCUCAUCGAACAACGAGAGCAGCUACGACUACGACAGCUGCUACCCUGUCGCCAUCCACGUAGUGGGCCUGAACUGAUAGCACUGCUAGCAGCUCAGAGUCUGCGCAUGUGAUACCAGACUAUGUGGUCGACUCUUGGACGAAUUGAACUUCUAAACUACUUUGUUCGCUGCCGGAGUAGUUUCAUCCGCCACGCUACGCGGCCAUAUAACCUAAUGGGCAGUUCUAUUUGACAUUUGGAUGCGAUUGCCUGGCAUGGGCUUUGUCUGACAACACAAGUGCCCCGGUUAAGGUACACAGGUCGAUGGAUAGGUGUGUUCUGUCAAUGCUGGUUGAUGAAGUUCAACGUUUCCCGCUUUGAAUGACUGUCCUCAAGCCCUCAUGAUCGCAUUUUGACAUCUCCCUAUUGUGACUGGAAAUCUGUGGGAUGCGUCCAUACAGCAGUAGGUCUUGCUCUGUAAUAUUGAUGUCAUC